CGCAUGCGCGGGGCCGGACGGCGCUCGCGUGACCUUGGUGCGGCGGCUCGGUUGCGUUCCCGGUGGCUGCGGUCGGAGGCGACAUGCGGGCGGUGCUGCUGCUGCUGCUGGCCCUGGCGGCGCGGCCGGCCGGGGGCUCGGCGGAGCAAGGUGGCCUGCCGGCCAAGAAGUUGCGCAUGGCCUACGCCACCGGGCCGCUGCUCAAGUUCCAGAUCUGUGUCUCCUGAGGCUACAGACGGGUGUUUGAGGAGUACAUGCGGGUUAUUAGCCAGCGGUACCCUGACAUCCGAAUUGAAGGGGAGAACUACCUUCCUCAACCUAUAUAUAGGCAUAUAGCAUCCUUCCUGUCUGUCUUCAAACUAGUAUUAAUAGGCUUAAUAAUCGUUGGCAAGGAUCCAUUUGCUUUCUUUGGCAUGCAAGCUCCAAGCAUCUGGCAGUGGGGCCAAGAAAAUAAGGUUUAUGCUUGUAUGAUGGUCUUCUUCCUGAGCAACAUGAUUGAGAACCAGUGUAUGUCAACAGGUGCAUUUGAAAUAACUUUGAAUGAUGUUCCGGUAUGGUCUAAGCUAGAGUCUGGCCACCUUCCUUCCAUGCAGCAGCUUGUACAAAUUCUUGAUAACGAAAUGAAGCUCAAUGUGCACAUGGAGUCAAUGCCCCAUCAUCGAUCAUAGCGCCAUUUAUCAGCACUGAAACAUCUUGCAUUAAGUGGCAAUUUCCAAAGGCAGCGCGGCGCAGACCCAUGAAGGCCUGUACUGAAGACAGCAUGCUGUUAGUACAGACUGGAUGCUUCUCUUGCAGCCGCGUUGUGCCUCCUGAGAAAAACUUAAUGAAAGAGCUGUUUCAGUGCUGUCGUGUUUCCAGGUCCUGCACAGUCAUGGAGUGCAAUAAUAAUGUAUAGUUUUUUUAAGAUUUCAUUCGACCAGUUCAUAGCUCAGCAAUGCAGGCAUUACUAACUGUAACUUAUUUUAUAUUCAUGUUUCACAUGAUUGCAGAUUGAGUUGAUACCUAAUUUUUCCUUGGAAAAAAUGUUUGUUUAAUCUGUUGUAUUUUAUAUGAAUUUAUGUUCUUUUUGUAGUUUAAAAUGAAGUUAUAGGAGUGUCUGAUGUUGUCCUAAACUGUUAAGUGACAGCUCUCUGGCAGAUAUCUCUAAUGUGGUUAAAGCAAGUUUGUAUAUUUUUCAGAAUAUAUGGCAGAGUUGAACAGUGCAUUAUAUACUAAAUUAUAUAAACAAAAUUAUUUGCAGAGUAGUUACAUUGUUUUGUGAUUUCAGUAAAAAUUAAGGUCAACUGCUCUUUAAAUUGUGUUGGCCAGUUCAAGAGGUUUUUCCUUGACCAUUCUGAAGAGAGGAGCAGCUGGGCCUCUCUGCUGUCCUAAAUAGAAACCAGGAAAGUUAAUUUAAAUAAAGAGUUCUCAUUUACUGUGUGAAGUACCUUGUUUGAGUCACUGAUGGAUAUUCUUAGAAAUGCAACUGAAAGAAAAAGCAUAAAAAGCCUACUUUCCAAAAUCAUUAA